AUGGUGGGAGGGGCAUCACAUGGUGGGAGGGGCAUCACAUGGUGGGAGGGGCAUCACAUGGUGGGAGGGGCAUCACAUGGUGGGAGGGCAUCACAUGGUGGGAGGGGCAUCACAUGGUGGGAGGGGCAUCUCAUGGUGGGAGGGGCAUCACAUGGUGGGAGGGCAUCACAUGGUGGGAGGGGCAUCACAUGGUGGGAGGGCAUCUCAUGGUGGGAGGGGCAUCACAUGGUAGGAGGGGCAUCACAUGGUGGGAGGGGCAUCACAUGGUGGGAGGGGCAUCACAUGGUGGGAGGGGCAUCACAUGGUGGGAGGGGCAUCACAUGGUGGGAGGGGCAUCACAUGGUGGGAGGGGCAUCACAUGGUGGGAGGGGCAUCACAUGGUGGGAGGGGCAUCACAUGGUGGGAGGGGCAUCACAUGGUGGGAGGGGCAUCACAUGGUGGGAGGGGCAUCACAUGGUGGGAGGGGCAUCACAUGGUGGUAGGGGCAUCACAUGGUGGGAGGGGAAUCACAUGGUGGGAGGGCAUCACAUGGUGGGAGGGGCAUCACAUGGUGGGAGGGGCAUCACAUGGUGGGAGGGGCAUCACAUGGUGGGAGGGGCAUCACAUAGUGGGAGGGGCAUCACAUGGUGGGAGGGGCAUCACAUGGUGGGAGGGGCAUCACAUGGUGGGAGGGGCAUCACAUGGUGGGAGGGCAUCACAUGGUGGGAGGGGCAUCACAUGGUGGGAGGGCAUCACAUGGUGGGAGGGGCAUCACAUGGUGGGAGGGCAUCACAUGGUGGGAGGGGCAUCACAUGGUGGGAGGGCAUCACAUGGUGGGAGGGGCAUCACAUGGUGGUAGGGGCAUCACAUGGUGGGAGGGGCAUCACAUGGUGGGAGGGGCAUCACAUGGUGGGAGGGGCAUCACAUGGUGGGAGGGGCAUCACAUGGUGGGAGGGGCAUCACAUGGUGGGAGGGGCAUCACAUGGUGGGAGGGGCAUCACAUGGUGGGAGGGCAUCACAUGGUGGGAGGGGCAUCACAUGGUGGGAGGGGCAUCACAUGGUGGGAGGGCAUCACAUGGUGGGAGGGGCAUCACAUGGUGGGAGGGGCAUCACAUGGUGGGAGGGGCAUCACAUGGUGGGAGGGGCAUCACAUGGUGGGAGGGCAUCACAUGGUGGGAGGGGCAUCACAUGGUGGGAGGGCAUCACAUGGUGGGAGGGGCAUCACAUGGUGGUAGGGGCAUCACAUGGUGGGAGGGGCAUCACAUGGUGGGAGGGCAUCACAUGGUGGGAGGGGCAUCACAUGGUGGGAGGGCAUCACAUGGUGGGAGGGGCAUCACAUGGUGGGGCAUCACAUGGUGGGAGGGGCAUCACAUGGUGGGAGGGGCAUCACAUGGUGGGAGGGCAUCACAUGGUGGGAGGGGCAUCACAUGGUGGGAGGGGCAUCACAUGGUGGGAGGGCAUCACAUGGUGGGAGGGGCAUCACAUGGUGGGAGGGGCAUCACAUGGUGGGAGGGGCAUCACAUGGUGGGAGGGCAUCACAUGGUGGGAGGGGCAUCACAUGGUGGGAGGGGCAUCACAUGGUGGGAGGGCAUCACAUGGUGGGAGGGGCAUCACAUGGUGGGAGGGGCAUCACAUGGUGGGAGGGGCAUCACAUGGUGGGAGGGGCAUCACAUGGUGGGAGGGCAUCACAUGGUGGGAGGGGCAUCACAUGGUGGGAGGGCAUCACAUGGUGGGAGGGGCAUCACAUGGUGGGGCAUCACAUGGUGGGAGGGGCAUCACAUGGUGGGAGGGCAUCUCAUGGUGGGAGGGGCAUCACAUGGUGGGAGGGGCAUCACAUGGUGGGAGGGCAUCACAUGGUGGGAGGGGCAUCACAUGGUGGGAGGGGCAUCACAUGGUGGGAGGGGCAUCACAUGGUGGGAGGGCAUCACAUGGUGGGAGGGGCAUCACAUGGUGGGAGGGGCAUCACAUGGUGGGAGGGCAUCACAUGGUGGGAGGGGCAUCACAUGGUGGGAGGGGCAUCACAUGGUGGGAGGGGCAUCACAUGGUGGGAGGGGCAUCACAUGGUGGGAGGGCAUCACAUGGUGGGAGGGGCAUCACAUGGUGGGAGGGCAUCACAUGGUGGGAGGGGCAUCACAUGGUGGUAGGGGCAUCACAUGGUGGGAGGGCAUCUCAUGGUGGGAGGGGCAUCACAUGGUGGGAGGGCAUCUCAUGGUGGGAGGGGCAUCACAUGGUGGGAGGGGCAUCACAUGGUGGGAGGGCAUCUCAUGGUGGGAGGGGCAUCACAUGGUGGGAGGGCAUCACAUGGUGGGAGGGGCAUCACAUGGUGGGAGGGGCAUCACAUGGUGGGAGGGGCAUCACAUGGUGGGAGGGGCAUCACAUUGUGGGAGGGGCAUCACAUGGUGGGAGGGGCAUCACAUAGUGGGAGGGGCAUCACAUGGUGGGAGGGCAUCACAUGGUGGGAGGGGCAUCACAUGGUGGGAGGGCAUCACAUGGUGGGAGGGGCAUCACAUGGUGGUAGGGGCAUCACAUGGUGGGAGGGGCAUCACAUGGUGGGAGGGGCAUCACAUGGUGGGAGGGGCAUCACAUGGUGGGAGGGGCAUCACAUGGUGGGAGGGGCAUCACAUGGUGGGAGGGCAUCACAUGGUGGGAGGGGCAUCACAUGGUGGGAGGGCAUCACAUGGUGGAGGGGCAUCACAUGGUGGGAGGGCAUCACAUGGUGGGAGGGGCAUCACAUGGUGGGAGGGCAUCACAUGGUGGGAGGGGCAUCACAUGGUGGGAGGGCAUCUCAUGGUGGGAGGGCAUCUCAUGGUGGGAGGGGCAUCACAUGGUGGGAGGGGCAUCACAUGGUGCGAGGGCAUCACAUGGUGGGAGGGGCAUCACAUGGUGGGAGGGCAUCUCAUGGUGGGAGGGGCAUCACAGUGCGGCGAGGCUCACCUUGUCGUAGCGUGGAAGAGGGACCUUGGUGCCUGGUGGGCAUGCAUGGGGGGCGCAUGGGGGAGACACGGGAAUGGGAUGCAUGGGCGGGCGGGCAUGUGCAUGGCACGGGUGUGGGCUCAAGCUGGAUGCAUUGACGUCAGAGCAAGCUGCACAAAGAAUGCCCUGUGUAGUCAAGGUGCUGUGGCCUUCUUGAGUGCUGAGAGCGUGGAGACGCCCAUAGCGAGGUCGUGUGAGCCGGCGUUGCCCCUCAGCUGGGGCAAGCGGACAUGGACGAUGUGGGUGCAUGCGGGGCAAGCGGACAUGGACGAUGUGGGUGCAUGCGGGGCAAGCGGACAUGGACGAUGUGGGUGCAUGCGGGGCAAGCGGACAUGGACGAUGUGGGUGCAUGCGGGGCAAGCGGACAUGGACGAUGUGGGUGCAUGCGGGGCAAGCGGACAUGGACGAUGUGGGUGCAUGCGGGGCAAGCGGACAUGGACGAUGUGGGUGCAUGCGGGGCAAGCGGACAUGGACGAUGUGGGUGCAUGCGGGGCAAGCGGACAUGGACGAUGUGGGUGCAUGCGGGGCAAGCGGACAUGGACGAUGUGGGUGCAUGCGGGGCAAGCGGACAUGGACGAUGUGGGUGCAUGCGGGGCAAGCGGACAUGGACGAUGUGGGUGCAUGCGGGGCAAGCGGACAUGGACGAUGUGGGUGCAUGCGGGGCAAGCGGACAUGGACGAUGUGGGUGCAUGCGGGGCAAGCGGACAUGGACGAUGUGGGUGCAUGCGGGGCAAGCGGACAUGGACGAUGUGGGUGCAUGCGGGGCAAGCGGACAUGGACGAUGUGGGUGCAUGCGGGGCAAGCGGACAUGGACGAUGUGGGUGCAUGCGGGGCAAGCGGACAUGGACGAUGUGGGUGCAUGCGGGGCAAGCGGACAUGGACGAUGUGGGUGCAUGCGGGGCAAGCGGACAUGGACGAUGUGGGUGCAUGCGGGGCAAGCGGACAUGGACGAUGUGGGUGCAUGCGGGGCAAGCGGACAUGGACGAUGUGGGUGCAUGCGGGGCAAGCGGACAUGGACGAUGUGGGUGCAUGCGGGGCAAGCGGACAUGGACGAUGUGGGUGCAUGCGGGGCAAGCGGACAUGGACGAUGUGGGUGCAUGCGGGGCAAGCGGACAUGGACGAUGUGGGUGCAUGCGGGGCAAGCGGACAUGGACGAUGUGGGUGCAUGCGGGGCAAGCGGACAUGGACGAUGUGGGUGCAUGCGGGGCAAGCGGACAUGGACGAUGUGGGUGCAUGCGGGGCAAGCGGACAUGGACGAUGUGGGUGCAUGCGGGGCAAGCGGACAUGGACGAUGUGGGUGCAUGCGGGGCAAGCGGACAUGGACGAUGUGGGUGCAUGCGGGGCAAGCGGACAUGGACGAUGUGGGUGCAUGCGGGGCAAGCGGACAUGGACGAUGUGGGUGCAUGCGGGGCAAGCGGACAUGGACGAUGUGGGUGCAUGCGGGGCAAGCGGACAUGGACGAUGUGGGUGCAUGCGGGGCAAGCGGACAUGGACGAUGUGGGUGCAUGCGGGGCAAGCGGACAUGGACGAUGUGGGUGCAUGCGGGGCAAGCGGACAUGGACGAUGUGGGUGCAUGCGGGGCAAGCGGACAUGGACGAUGUGGGUGCAUGCGGGGCAAGCGGACAUGGACGAUGUGGGUGCAUGCGGGGCAAGCGGACAUGGACGAUGUGGGUGCAUGCGGGGCAAGCGGACAUGGACGAUGUGGGUGCAUGCGGGGCAAGCGGACAUGGACGAUGUGGGUGCAUGCGGGGCAAGCGGACAUGGACGAUGUGGGUGCAUGCGGGGCAAGCGGACAUGGACGAUGUGGGUGCAUGCGGGGCAAGCGGACAUGGACGAUGUGGGUGCAUGCGGGGCAAGCGGACAUGGACGAUGUGGGUGCAUGCGGGGCAAGCGGACAUGGACGAUGUGGGUGCAUGCGGGGCAAGCGGACAUGGACGAUGUGGGUGCAUGCGGGGCAAGCGGACAUGGACGAUGUGGGUGCAUGCGGGGCAAGCGGACAUGGACGAUGUGGGUGCAUGCGGGGCAAGCGGACAUGGACGAUGUGGGUGCAUGCGGGGCAAGCGGACAUGGACGAUGUGGGUGCAUGCGGGGCAAGCGGACAUGGACGAUGUGGGUGCAUGCGGGGCAAGCGGACAUGGACGAUGUGGGUGCAUGCGGGGCAAGCGGACAUGGACGAUGUGGGUGCAUGCGGGGCAAGCGGACAUGGACGAUGUGGGUGCAUGCGGGGCAAGCGGACAUGGACGAUGUGGGUGCAUGCGGGGCAAGCGGACAUGGACGAUGUGGGUGCAUGCGGGGCAAGCGGACAUGGACGAUGUGGGUGCAUGCGGGGCAAGCGGACAUGGACGAUGUGGGUGCAUGCGGGGCAAGCGGACAUGGACGAUGUGGGUGCAUGCGGGGCAAGCGGACAUGGACGAUGUGGGUGCAUGCGGGGCAAGCGGACAUGGACGAUGUGGGUGCAUGCGGGGCAAGCGGACAUGGACGAUGUGGGUGCAUGCGGGGCAAGCGGACAUGGACGAUGUGGGUGCAUGCGGGGCAAGCGGACAUGGACGAUGUGGGUGCAUGCGGGGCAAGCGGACAUGGACGAUGUGGGUGCAUGCGGGGCAAGCGGACAUGGACGAUGUGGGUGCAUGCGGGGCAAGCGGACAUGGACGAUGUGGGUGCAUGCGGGGCAAGCGGACAUGGACGAUGUGGGUGCAUGCGGGGCAAGCGGACAUGGACGAUGUGGGUGCAUGCGGGGCAAGCGGACAUGGACGAUGUGGGUGCAUGCGGGGCAAGCGGACAUGGACGAUGUGGGUGCAUGCGGGGCAAGCGGACAUGGACGAUGUGGGUGCAUGCGGGGCAAGCGGACAUGGACGAUGUGGGUGCAUGCGGGGCAAGCGGACAUGGACGAUGUGGGUGCAUGCGGGGCAAGCGGACAUGGACGAUGUGGGUGCAUGCGGGGCAAGCGGACAUGGACGAUGUGGGUGCAUGCGGGGCAAGCGGACAUGGACGAUGUGGGUGCAUGCGGGGCAAGCGGACAUGGACGAUGUGGGUGCAUGCGGGGCAAGCGGACAUGGACGAUGUGGGUGCAUGCGGGGCAAGCGGACAUGGACGAUGUGGGUGCAUGCGGGGCAAGCGGACAUGGACGAUGUGGGUGCAUGCGGGGCAAGCGGACAUGGACGAUGUGGGUGCAUGCGGGGCAAGCGGACAUGGACGAUGUGGGUGCAUGCGGGGCAAGCGGACAUGGACGAUGUGGGUGCAUGCGGGGCAAGCGGACAUGGACGAUGUGGGUGCAUGCGGGGCAAGCGGACAUGGACGAUGUGGGUGCAUGCGGGGCAAGCGGACAUGGACGAUGUGGGUGCAUGCGGGGCAAGCGGACAUGGACGAUGUGGGUGCAUGCGGGGCAAGCGGACAUGGACGAUGUGGGUGCAUGCGGGGCAAGCGGACAUGGACGAUGUGGGUGCAUGCGGGGCAAGCGGACAUGGACGAUGUGGGUGCAUGCGGGGCAAGCGGACAUGGACGAUGUGGGUGCAUGCGGGGCAAGCGGACAUGGACGAUGUGGGUGCAUGCGGGGCAAGCGGACAUGGACGAUGUGGGUGCAUGCGGGGCAAGCGGACAUGGACGAUGUGGGUGCAUGCGGGGCAAGCGGACAUGGACGAUGUGGGUGCAUGCGGGGCAAGCGGACAUGGACGAUGUGGGUGCAUGCGGGGCAAGCGGACAUGGACGAUGUGGGUGCAUGCGGGGCAAGCGGACAUGGACGAUGUGGGUGCAUGCGGGGCAAGCGGACAUGGACGAUGUGGGUGCAUGCGGGGCAAGCGGACAUGGACGAUGUGGGUGCAUGCGGGGCAAGCGGACAUGGACGAUGUGGGUGCAUGCGGGGCAAGCGGACAUGGUCGAUGUGGGUGCAUGCGGGGCAAGCGGACAUGGUCGAUGUGGGUGCAUGUGGGGCGAGGCCGAAAGCGUUGGCGCAUGCCACGGCACAUGGCGUGA